AUGUGGUGCUGUGUAUGGGUUCACACAAACAGUGAACACCGCUCGGUUAAGUUACUUGAAAUGUUUGCUUUUUUGCAGAUAACUGAUCGCGAGACGUCGAAGCGGCCGAUCAAGACCGAAGAUUCCGGCAACUGGAAACGGCGCAAGACGUCACCGGACCCCGACGAAAAUGACGAUCACACCGAGAACGGACAUGAUAUAGAAGUUGAGGAAAAGAACAAAGAAGAAAUGAAAGAGAUGGCGCCAGCUAGUGAGCAAGGCAUACCCAAAGACGACGAGCUGGAAGAUUGGGGUCAGUCGGUUGAAGAAUUUCUAGAUAAUUUCAAACCGGAAGAACUCAAAGAAGAUGACACAGAUGAUAUUGAUGAUAUUCUAGAGGAAGAAAGGAAGCAAGAGGACUUGAAAGAAGAGAAUGAAAAGAAGGAAGAUGAUAGUGAAACAUUUGCCAACAAUGAAGAGAAUGAUAAUGCUAACACGGUUAGCCGGCCUCGGUCUUCGCCCAGGCGCGGACGUGGCAGACGUCGUAAUUAA